GAGAGCCUAAAAGAGCAUAUGCUGGUGUUUCAUAUAAAAAUUAAUUGUCAUGAAUUCUCCUAAAUUUUCUGUCCGAUGGCUUCAAUUCAUGGUUAUGAUUCUCUCCAUUUCAGUGAGUAGCAGUGUUGCCCGGAUUGAUAUUCCGAGGCUUAGUCCAACGAGAGGAACAAUCUUGGAACAGCUUGACCUUCUGUCGUCUGCAGCAGUUUCAAACGAUCUUCAAACUUUUUACUACACCCAAACACUUGAUCACUUCAACUACAGGCCUGAAAGCUACGUAACUUUUCAGCAGAGAUAUGUGAUGAAUUUCAACUAUUGGGGCGGAGCAAAUGGUAGUGCUCCCAUUUUAGCCUAUCUUGGAGCUGAAGGGCCAUUGGAUGAUGAUCUUGCUGUAAUUGGUUGGCUCAAUGAUAAUGCCAUCCACUUCAAUGCACUCCUUGUAUACAUAGAGCAUCGUUACUAUGGAAAAUCAAUACCAUUUAGAUCAAAGGAAGAAGCCUUUAAAAAUGCAAGCACUCUGGGUUAUUUUAAUUCUGCCCAAGCCAUAGCAGACUAUGCAGAAAUCAUCAUGCAUAUCAAGAAGAAACUUCGUGCUCUUUAUUCUCCGGUGAUUGUUAUUGGAGGAUCAUAUGGGGGAAUGCUUGCUUCAUGGUUUCGGCUGAAGUACCCUCAUGUUGCUUUGGGUGCUUUGGCUUCAUCAGCUCCAAUUCUUUACUUCGAUAAAAUUACACCAACGGGUGCUUACUUUUCAGUCGUCACAAAGGAUUUUCGGGAAGUGAGCGAGACCUGCUACCAAACUAUCCGAAAAUCAUGGUCUGAAAUUGACAAAAUUGCUUCUCAACCACUUGGUCUUUCAACCCUCAGCUCGAAAUUCCAGACUUGCAAUCCUUUGACCGAUUCUUCAGAGCUCAAAGACAGAUUAGGGCUGAUGUAUGUCUCAGCAGCUCAAUAUAAUCAGCCCCCAAUGUAUCCAGUUACUGUGGUAUGUGGAGGCAUCGAUGGAAGUGAAAAAGAAGAUAUUCUUAGCAAGAUCUUUGCUGGCGUUGUCGCUUAUAGAGGGAAUCGUUCUUGCUAUAUUAAUCCACCAACCAAUGAAUCCGAAACUAAAGGAUGGAGAUGGCAGACAUGCAGUGAAAUGGUAAUACCCAUUGGCAUCGGCAAAAAUACCAUGUUCCAACCCGACCCUUUCGACCUAAACAGCUUUACAAAAGAGUGCAAGAAAUUCUAUGGCGUUCCUCCUCGGCCUCAUUGGGUUACUUCUUAUUACGGUGGCCAUGAUAUAAAACUCAUUCUCCAAAGGUUUGGUAGCAAUAUCAUCUUUUCAAAUGGGCUGCGAGAUCCCUAUAGUCGGGGCGGGGUGUUGGAAAACAUUUCAGAAAGUAUUCUUGCCGUAUCUACAGCCAAUGGAUCUCAUUGCUUAGAUAUACUUCCAGAAAGAGAAACCGAUCCAGAAUGGUUAAUCAGACAACGGAAAAUAGAGGUGAAGAUUAUUAAAGGAUGGAUGGCUAAGUACUAUGCUGAUCUUAAAAGCAUUCAAACAAUAGGAUUCCAAGCUGAACAUUGAAUAAUAAUUAAUACAAGAAACUCCUUCCAUUUGGCCUUUCCCUUUCUCACAGCGUAUUGUUGACUAUAUACCUAAUUUGUGCCAUGUCAUUGAAUUGAGCUUUUUUCUUUUUUUCAACCAAAUGGGUGAUUUACUUUGUAUGGAUGGAAUAGAAUUGGAAUC